CUUUGUCCGCAGAGGAAAAAAAAGAGAAUCUGCCUUUGUAGGACUCUCUCUCUCUUGCCUUUUGCUUCACACACUACUAAUACUCUAAGCCCUUGGUUUAGGCGGUGCCUUCACUUGCAAAACCCACCCCCAACUCUCUCUCUCGUCUUCUUUCAUUUGGUUAAGCCCAAGUUGUUAAAGCCUCUUCCGCUCUCCCAAAACCCUGUGAUUUCAGAUGAUACAGUAGAAAACUGGUGUUGGUUGGAGAGAUUUACUGGUUCUGGCUUAUGUAGAAGCCAUACCCAAGGAAAGUGUUGGUCUUUGAAAGUAAUUUAAGAGAGAGUUUGCUGCUUUUCGUCGCCAAGAAAACCCAAGAAUGGAAAUUUCAAGCCAAGAAGAUCAUGAAAUGCCCAUCCCAAUAAACAGCACAUAUGGUGGUGGGCACGGCCACAUGAUCCAUCAUCACCACCAUGACCAUGCUGCUCCUCCAACUCACAACCCACAAAUCCCGUCCAAUGGUAACAACGGGCAUGGCAAUUACGAGCAUCAUCAUCGUGAUCAGGAGGACAACCCUCACAACCAUCAUCAUCAUCAACAACAACAUGUUGGGGGCUACAACAUCAUCAGCAGCAAGAAGCAACAAGGAGUGAAGUACAAGGAGUGUCUGAAAAACCAUGCAGCCGCCAUGGGAGGCAAUGCGACAGAUGGGUGUGGAGAGUUCAUGCCAAGUGGUGAAGAAGGCUCCAUUGAAGCUCUCACUUGCUCCGCCUGCAACUGCCAUAGAAACUUCCACAGGAAAGAGGUUGAAGGAGAAGCAAUCCCAUUUCCCGCUCACUACCACCACCACCACCUCCAGCAGCCAUCGCAACCUCGGAAGCUCAUGCUCACUCACCACAAGAUCAGGUCAGCAGUACCACAUCAGAUGAUCAUGCCGUACAUGUCGACGUACAUGCCGCCAAACUCAGAGUCUGAUGACCAGAUGGAGGAAGACGGCGGCGGAGUUUUUCCGGCGAGGCCAGCUCCGCCGUACAACAACCAGAAGAAGAGAUUCAGGACAAAAUUCACUCAAGAACAGAAGGAGAAGAUGCUGAAUUUCGCGGAGAGAGUUGGCUGGAAGAUUCAGAGGCAAGAGGAGUCUGUCGUUCAGCAGUUCUGCCAGGAGGUUGGCGUCAAGAGAAGAGUCCUCAAGGUUUGGAUGCAUAACAACAAGCACAAUCUUGCCAAGAAGAACAGCUCCGACAAUAACGACAACAUCGUCAACAAUCUCAACCUGUCCGGUGGUAGUAACGACAAUAACCCCACCGGAAAUCUUGCUUCAAAUGCUUGAUCAGAUCAUGACGUCAUUAAGCACCUUAAUCAUUGUUAGUUAGCUUUUAAUCAAGAAGGUGUCUAGGGUUUUUAAUUACGCCUUAGUUUGUUUGUUUGUAUACGUGGUUAUGCUAUCUAUAAACCCCUUUCGGCGAUCUGAUCAAUGCCUUGGGAUUUUCAGUGUUGUUAAUUUCUGUGAUCCUCUUUUUUUUUUUUUGCUGUCUUGUAAUUUUCAAUCUAAUGAUAAAAAGUGGGUUUUUUUUUGAA